GUUUUGUCUUUCCUUCAUUAUUAAGCAAAAGACUUUUCUCAACAUAUCUUCUCAAAAUGAAACACUCGCUGCUCAUUCACUCUUCACACACAGAAAAAACCCUCGCUGCUCAUUUAUUCUUCACACACACAGAAAAAUGGAUUUGAUGAGGUGACAAAAGUCGUGGUCGAAAACUUGAACGGAUUUCUGAUCGCCGUCGGGAACUUGGCCGGCGAGGCUCUUGCCUGGUUCGAUGGUGUGAUUUGUUUCCCGUAAAUUGGGACCGACUCCACCUAAAGGUAAUUGUGGUCUGUUGUCUUCAUUGUUGGUUUGUGCUAUCGUUUUGCAGGCCUAAUUUAAAAUACUUCUUUUGUGCUAUCCAAACUUAUCAAAUGGUAUAAACCCUAGCGGCGGCGGCGGCGGCGAGGCGACGGACGAUGGUCAACCGAGGACGGUGCAAGAAGCAAUUGUGACCGCGAUGGCGAAAAGGUAUGACAGAGAGAUAGGAGAGACCCGCCGAGGCGCAAGAAGGCGGAUGGGAGAGUGGGAGACGGACAGGGCGGCGAGCAGACAGUGUGAGAGGGAGACCCGCCGAGCAGCGAAUCGAAUUCAUUCGGCCGAUACAUUCCGGUGGCAGGGUGUUAAGAGGGCUGUGGUCUACCGUACUCCACCUUCAAUUGGUUGUCGCCCGAUAUCUGAUGCUCCUCGACUUAGAAAAAGUCCUCACGCAGACGAACCCAGCCUUUCUCAACUUUACCAUGUUCUAGAGCAAAAAGCUCCAAAGCAAUGGGAUUCUUUAAAUGAUAAAGGAGAGGGCCUUGUUAGCAAUGGAGCUGUUGUUUCUACUGAAACUCUACCUGACUUGCUUAAGAGUGACGAGGUUGUAGUUAAUGAAAUUGAUGAAGGUGAUGUUCACAUCAAGAUAGUCCCGAAGAAGAUCACUCCGUUGGUAAUUUUCGACCUUCAAGAGUUGCUUUCUGUUUGCAUAUUAAUGUGUAUUCGGAGAAGAUUGAAUGAUCACAUUGUAGGGAUCUUUUUUGGUCAGAAUACAGAUUAUAUUGAUUUUGUGGCGGAGCAUUUGUUUGCAUCAAUUUAACAUUUUUUACAAUUGUAAUUAAGGUUGUGAUUUCAUUUUGGUGCUAUAUUUUUCUCCUCGGUUACUGCAACAAAGAAUUUUGGCUUCUUUUUUUAC